AUGGUGCGCCCUGAUAGGAAAGACUGGAGCCAAAGGUUGGAGGACGCACUCUGGGCCUAUCGGACGGCGUACAAGACUCCUAUAUGGAUGUCACCGUACAGGUUGGUAUUUGGGAAGCCGUGUCACCUUCUAGUAGAGUUCGAGCACAAGGUUUUUUGGGCGAUAAAACAAUGCAAUAUGAAUUUAGAGGAGGCCGGUGCUCAACGGAAGUUGGAUUUGCAAGAAUUGGAGGAGAUCCGGAACGAAGCAUACGAAAACGCAGUAAUUUAUAAGGAGAAAAGCCGGACAUUUCAUGAUCAACAAAUUUCUAGAAAAACCUUUGAGAUUGGUCAGAAGGUCCUCUUGUACCAAUCCAGGCUCAAGCUAUUCCCAGUUGAAAUCCAGAGCGCUAAAACAGACAACAAAUUUGUGGUGAAUGGACACCGUCUUAAGCAUUACUACGAAGGAUUUUCAAGUGGAGAGGUGGAGACAAUAAGUCUAGACGCGCCACCGUGUCCUAAUCAAUGA